GGCGGGCUGAAGGCGGGCCGGAGCUGCUGGUAGGCGGACGCUUCUGUGAGUGAGAGAAGGGGCUUGAGUCCUGCCACUUCCGGUUUGAGGCUGAGGGGAAGACGAUGCGCGUUGCGAGGAGGCGGCGCCGCCGGCAGCAGCAGCAGCAGCAGCAGCAGCAGAGGAGACGGGCUUUUCUCGGCUCCGGCUUCCUGUGUUUUCCGGCCACAGCUUCUCGACUCGCGUGACCCGAGGGCGAAAGGCCUCCCACUUCCGCCAUGAGCUGCCUGCUGGCCGAAGCUGUCAUGGAUGAAUUAGCUGAAGAUGAUAUUGAUAUUUUGAACCAUGAAAAAGCAGACCUUCAUCAUAAGAGAGAUGGAGAAAUUCCCAUUCCAAUUUAUACAGGUGAAGAGUCUGUUGCUUCACAUUUUGCACUUGUCACUGCUUAUGAAGACAUCAAAAAACGGCUAAAAGAAUCUGAAAGAGAAAAUUCACUCCUAAAGAAAAGAGUUAGAAUGUUAGAAGAAAAACUACUUGGUUCUCAUUUGGAAGAAACAACAAGCCCUGUAGGUCGUGAGCAAGUUAACAAAGCAUACCAAGCAUAUCGAGAGGCUUGUAUUGAACGAGAUAAUCUGAAAAGUAAACUGGAUAAAAUGAUAAAAGAAAAUUCUGAAUCUUUGCAAAACAUGAAUGAGCAGUUGCAAUCUAAAGAAAUCGAACUGCUGCAGCUAAGAGCGGAAGUGGAAACUGAACGAGUGCUGAAAAGUUUGAGUUCAAACCCAUCUGACUGGGAAAUAGACAAACUAAAUAAUGCCCUGAAGGUGCAUAGUUUGGAGAAAGAUUUGGAGAGUAUGAGAGAAGAAUGCAACACUCUUAGAAAAGAGCUACAACAAUCUUUACAGAAGGCUGAAACCCAGGAAGGAACUUUAAUAAAUGGAGAGUUUUCCCAGCAGCAGGAUAUUCAUAGUGUAAAUGUGCAGCAUGCAUACUGGGAAUUGAAGAAAGAGAUGUCUAAUCUACAUCUGGUGACUGAAGUACAAGCUGAAAUGCUAAAGAAACUGAAACUUAUACCAUUAGGAACCAGGAAAGUGCCAUCGUGUACGCCUCUUCAGUGUGUUGAAGAUCUUGAAAAGGAUACUGCCAAUCUACAUUUAGCGGAUUAUGCAGCAGUUUGCAAAAAAAGGCUACUCCCUCCAAGUGACCAAAUUUUCAGCAAUUCUGCAUCUUCAUCACCAUGCAUUGAUGCAAAACCUAUUCCAGUUUGUGACUCUGAGUUUCAAGAACACAACUCCUAUGGAAAGAGCUCUCUGGAGGACAACUCAUGGGUCUUCCCAAGUCCUCCCAAACCGAGUGAGACAAUGUUUUGGGAAAUGAAAAACAGAGUGUGUCAUUUAAACUUUCCAGAAAGCAGUCUGGAUCGGUGUAACCAAAACUGCCUGGACAAGAGCUAAGAGCCCAAAAGGAAUAACUUGAUAUAGCUUUGAAGUAAACCUGGAGGGGAAGAGGAGGAAACAUUCUAAGCAGGACCUGACUCCUUUCUUAUCUACAUUUGAAAACAGUCUAGUUAAAACAAAAGAGACAGUAGAAGAAAUGCUUACUGUUCAGGAAUAAGAACAGUCCUGUGCUCCGACUGCAGAUCUGCAGGUUAUCCAAGUAUUAAACCUCAGAAUAAAACAAAAGCUGUGCAUUGUUGCAAAUUGUGAAUAACAUUGCUUUGCAAUACAGUUAUCUUCAGACAUUUCUUCACACUGUGAGAGUGUCCCCUCUUUCAUUUCCCCCAAUAGUUUAUCUCCUUUUAAAGCUUCUCAGGUAAAAAAUGGAAUAUGAAUUAGCUUUCUCCUCCAGUUGGGACAGCUACUGGCUUUUCAUAAUGUGUGGUGUGUGCUGCAAAGUAACGGUGAACAAUGAAUUAUUGUGAUUGGUUUCAGACAGAUUACGAAGGUUAUUUCUUGGCUGUGCUUUUCCAUUAGCCUCACAGCGAAUGAUCUGAAUUGCUAGAAGACUAAGAUUAUGCCAAAGUCUCGUCACUGCAGAAACAGGGUAGCAUCAUAGACAAUUAAGGUUAUAUGCCCCAAGAGAACUGAAAUUGCUCUAACUAAAUCACAAUGAUCACUGUCCCAACUUACCAAAAUCUUUGUGAUUUUUAAGUUCACUAAUUGUACUUUCAUGUAGGCAGACAUUAUAAUAUGAGGAUCCACCAUUUACCCCAGAUGCAUUUAAUUUUUCUGGAAUGCAUUUCCGCUUUUGUUAUUAAGAUGCGUUGAGCAUCUAAAAUAUUAUGCCCAUAGGUACUUAAUAUUCAGCUUUCAGAUAAUUGUGCAUCCUAUAUAUCAUUACUGGUAGUUUUAGUAGUGAGAUCUUUUAAUCCACAUUGAACUACUAGAAGUAGUAAAAGAAGAAAAAAUGAAUGCCUUCCAAAGUGCAGAAAUUGACAUGCUUCCAGUAUUAUGUUGAUCUUAAAUAUGCAGAAAGCAGUGGCAGGUUUUUUAUGUUGGAAAGUUCUGCUGUAGAUGUGACACCAAAGGGAUAGAACAGCUGCAAGUUUUGCUUAUUUUGUGUUAGACUUCCACCUGAUCAUUCCAUUAUUUAUUAAUUCAUGACUCCUACAUCUUCCUCCUAGCUUCCCAGUUUUGCACUUGAAAUAAGAAUAAGGAAAAGUAAAAUGUAAAAUCUGUAUAUCACUAAUAGUUUUGACAUGAUUUUUUUUAAAAAAAAAUAACUCGCCAUGGAGGUGUUUGACUUUUUCUUAAGCAGCACAACCACACUGGUGUACUGUGAAAGAGAAAGAAGCGUGUUUUCCUUUCCUUGCAUUGCAGGUUGUAUGUUUCAGUGCUGGCUGCAUUAUUCCUUGUCCUCAUACUGGAGAUAAUAUAAUCUGCAGAGGAGGAAAAACAGGAUUCCUUCUACUGAUGUUAGUGAAUGGCAUACAUAAAUAAUAUACGUAUCAUUCACCAUAUACUUUUUAAAAUUUCUUGCUCAUGUAUGCUGGCUUGUCUGUGAUUAAUGGAAAUGGUUUCUGAUGCUGGAAUUUAUUCUGACCAAUGAACAUAGCUGACUCCAGGGAGUACAAUCUCCUGAAAAGUAAUAGAACAAAACCCAAUAUGCAUAAAAUAAAUCCAUGUCACUAGACUUUAGCAGAUAGAACCAACUACCUGUGUAAUAACAAAGCAGCAGAAGCUGCUUCUCAUGCGGUUACAUAGCUCUGGUGUGUUUCGCAGGGCUGUCCGUUUGAUAGUAGAGAUUUGGAUAAGUAACAUUGUCCAGAGCACAGAGCUGCUUAACAUUUUGAGCAAUGUACUGAAGAAAUUAUCAUAUUUUGAAUAAAUUAUUUUUGUUUGAAAAA